AUGUGGGAGUUUCUCCUCACGAUCUUUGUGAUCUUCCCGAGUCUCGAUUCCGCUCGUACAAAUAUGAUUUCUUCCGGAGAACCAAACGUAUUCAAUGUCAGGCAAUUCAACGCCCGGGGAGAUGGAAUUCAAAACGAUACUCAGGACUCCGUUUUUCUCAUCCCACAGUCAUUCACCUUCUUGAUCUGGCCGGCAUCUUUCAAAGGACCAUGCAAAUCCAACAUGACAAUGCAGAUCGAUGGAACCAUUGUAGCUCCCGGGAGCCCGGAUCAAUACGAGCCUGGGCAGAGGAACUCGUGGAUCUCCAUCGUCAAGCUCACGAGUUUUAGCAUCACUGGAAUCGGGACGAUUGAUGGGCGGGGUCAAACGUGGUGGAACAUCUCUUGCAAACAUAACCCUUCUCCUGCAUUGUGGGUGUUUGGAUCGACGGGGCUAAACUUGAGCGGCAUUCGCAUCCAAAACAGCCAGCAGAUGAACGUCGCGUUCGUGUCAUGCCACGACGUGAUCGUCGCGAGAAUAAGGAUAGAGAAUCCACAAAAUAGUCCAAACACCGACGGCAUUCACAUCGAAUCGUCCAUGAAUGUGACAAUAGAACACGCGGCCAUUGGCACAGGCGAUGAUUGUGUGUCGAUUGGAUCGGGGUCGUCCAAUGUCGUGAUCAGGGAUUGCGAGUGUGGCCCUGGCCAUGGCAUCAGCAUUGGGAGUCUUGGGAAGGGAGAAAGCGCAGCUUAUGUUUCCAGCGUUCUUGUGCAUCGCCUGCAAAUAAAUGGAACCAUGAAUGGGCUGAGGAUCAAGACAUGGCAGGGAGGCCGCGGCAGCGCCAGCAACAUCCGAUUCGAGAAUGUAUCGAUGAGCGGCGUUGCGAAUCCCAUCAUCAUCGAUCAGAAUUACUGCGACGCGCUGCGCCCCUGCUCGCCACAGGGAUCGGCCGUCCAGGUGAAGAGCGUCGAGUAUCUUCACAUCCGGGGAACCUCCGCGACCGCCAUCGCCACGAUCUUCGAUUGCAGUGCCUCGCUUCCCUGCCUUGAUCUCCUCCUCCACGACAUCAAUCUCACGCAGAGCUCGGGAGCUCAAGCCUCGGCAAGCUGCUCCAAUGCGUUCGGUGUUUCAUCCGGCAGCGUCGUCCCAGCGAGCUGCCUCGUGUGACCGGAAUUUAGGUUAUCUUCGUGCGGAGCCUGGAAGGAAUAUGCUUCUAGCGUCGCGAUCCUUGGGGUAGGGCAUAUUCUGUCUGGCUGAUCCCUGAAGAGGGGAUCUCGGGAAGGCUCCGUCUCUCUCUCUC